ACACAGCCGGCUGCUGGCUCUGGCAGGACAAGGAGGAGGCGGCGGCCCAGGCUCUGCUCAACGUGUCCCCGGCUCCGUCUGUCUCUCGGGCAGGACCAGGCCAUGUUCCGCCGGAUUUUGCAGCGGACACCUCUUGGCUCUGGGGGUUCUGAGCCGGACACCUCAGUAACAACUUCGCCAGCCGUGGAAGUCAAUAAUGAAGGUGGUUCUGAGGGCUUCAUCUGUCCAGUCUGUAUGCAAUCGUUUCUAACAUCAACUGAACUGUUUGACCAUGACCAGAGCGAGCACACUGAGACAGACAGGGCGAUACAGGAGCAGCUAAACCCAGACACAGCCGUUAGUGGUUUUAUUUGCCCACUGUGUAUGAAGUCUCAUGCUUCAGCAGAAGAUCUCUUCAAACACUAUGAAGCAUUUCAUGAACCUGGAAAUGAUUCUGGUCCCAGGGAAGGUCCAGCUUCGCGAAGAGAUGACCUCUCCCUCCAUCAACAAGAGGUACAAGAUCUGCAGGCCUCCUUAAAGGAAGAGCGUUGGUUCUCGCAGGAGUUGAAGAAAGAACUGGAUAAAGUGCAAGGGCAGCUGAAGGAAGCAUCUCUGUCCAGUGGAUUGAUGUCCCCUGGCCCCUCAGAACAAACUGGUCUUCAGAACCGAUUAGAGGAAUCCCAGAUCGAGAAUAUGAAGAUCAAGCAGAUGAAUGAGCUGUUGGAACAAAAAGCUGCCACAUUGGCGACUGAAUUAGUAGACGUCAAGGCAAAAUUUGAUGAUGAGAAAAGCCACCGGAACGUUGCAGAAAUGAGACUGAAAACCUUGAUGGAAGAGCUGGAAAAAGAACGGACCAGGACUGAAGAACUUCAGAGCGAACUGCUUCAGCGGCCUGGACUGGAGGAUGUGGCAGUUCUAAAGAAGGAAUUGGUACAGGUUCAGACCCUGAUGGAUCAGAUGAGCCUUGAGCAGGAGAGGCGAUCAGAUAAACUGACAGAUGAAAAUGAACAGCUAAAGGUGCAGCGUAACACAGCAGAGAAACUUAAACUUGAGGCAGCUGUAACCGAGUUGAAGGCAGAGCUGGCUAGAGUGCAGCAGGAGAACACGACAAAAUGUGAGGAGGCGCAGAAAGUCCAGCAAGAGUGUGAGGAAAUGAAAAAGAAAAACCAGAAAUUGUUGGAAGAUCUGUCCAAGAAAGAAGUUGAGUUUCAACAACUGCACGAUCGUCUGAACGAGGCAUCUUUAAAUAAGAAGAGUUUGGAGACCAGCCUACAGGAGAGGGAGCUCGAUUACAAGCAGCUCCAGGCAAAACUGUCUGCUGCUGAGACGCUGAUGCAAAGAGCGCACAGUGAGUUGGGUCAGAGUGGGGAAACUAGCCAGAAACUGCGGGAAGAGCUGUCGGACAUGGAGACCAAAUACCACCAGCUUCGGGCUGAGUUCAAGCAGACACAGCAGCAAAGGGAAGAUAAGGAACAGCAAAAGAUCCAGGUGCAGAAUGAGCUGAAUCAGCUCCACGCGAAGCUUCUGGAGACUGAGAGGCAGCUUGGUGAGGUACAGGGCCGGCUAAAGGAGCAGAGGCAGCUGUCUGGUGAGAAGCUGAAGGACAAAGAGCAACAAGUGGCUGACCUGCAACUUAAACUUUCCCGUGCCGAGGAACAGGUGAAGGGAAGUGCAGCUGCUACGACUGAAAUACAGCACCAGCUGGACAAACUAAGACAGCAGCACCAGGAUUUGCAGACUGGUCAGCAGAACACUACAUCCCAGCUCAGGGAAACACAGAAUGAUUUGGAACAAGUACUGCGUCAGAUCGGGGAUAAAGACCAGAAGAUUCAGAACCUGGAGGCUCUGCUGCAGAAGAGCAAAGACAGCAUGGUGCAGCUCGAAACAGAGCGGCAGGAGCUUAUUGCUAAAAUCCAAGAUGGCAAGGGUGAAGUGGCCAUUUUGAAUCAGCUGCAGGAAAAGAACCAUGCCCUGCAAGACCAGGUUGCUCAGUUAACGGAGAAGCUGAAAAACCAAGUGGAGAGUCACACUCAAGCGCAAGAGAAUCUGCACAAGCAAAUGCAGGAGCAGAAAUCCCAGCUGCAUGCUGCUGAAGACCGAGCUCAAUCCCUGGAAACUACCAUUAGUGAACUCACCAAUCAGCUUAGUGAAACCAAGGAGAAGAUGACCCAACUUGACUUACAGGUCAAGGGAAAAACUGAGCUGCUGCUGUCUGCAGAAGCAUCCAAAGCCGCACAAAGAGCUGACCUGGAAAACCAUUUAGAAACUGCCAAGCAUGCCCUUCAGGAUAAAGAACAGGAGUUGGCCAAGGCUCAGGCUCAACUGGAGCAGACAGCAGCAAAACUCACUGAGAAGACUGAGUAUUGUACUCAACUGGACAACUGCCUUAAAGAAUACAAGGAGAAGCAACUAACCUCCGAACACACAAUAGAACAACUGGGAACGCAGAUUAAGAAACUGGAAUUGGACGUUACAAAGGCCGAGACAUGUGAGAAACAGGCCCGAGAUGACCGAAACCAGCUCCAAAAACAGCACUCUGCUCAUGAGAAGCAAAUCAAAGACCUGAACCAACAGCUCAAGGCUGAUGAAGUUGUGUGUGGUGUAAGGCGGGAACUGCAGGAGAAAUCCAAGGCGCUGGACCAGGCUCAGAAGAAGGCGCUGGAGUUGGACAAAGAACGAGCUGAACUAGCCCAGGGGCUUGAGCAGCUGAAGAAGGAGGUAAAGACUAAAAGAGAGAGUGAGGGCAGACUGCAGCGAGAGCUGACAGGGCUCCGAUUGGAGACGGAGGCUUCAUCCAAGGAGCUGCUGCAAACUAAGCAAGACCUUGCCCAGGCCUCAAAGGCUCUCGCAGAAACACGAGCAGAAUUGGAGAAGGAGCGGCAUCUGAUGAAAGCCACCCAUGACGAAAAGGAGAAAUUGUAUGAGCACGUCAAACAGGAGUUGCAGAAAAAGUUUGAGUGUGCAACCAAUGAAGUGAAUGAGCUGAAGAGUUUGGUGCAGCGGAAGGAGGAGGCCGAGAAGCAGCUAAAAGCCAACACUGAUGGGUUAACAGCCCAAAUGACCAAGCUGCAGGAAGGUCUGAAGGAGACACAGAAAAGUGAGCAGCAACUCCAGACAACACUGAAAGAAUCACAGCGAUAUCAGGAACAGCAAAAGAAGGAAUAUGAAGCUGAGCUCCAUGACUUAAAACUGGAACUUUCUCAAAAGGCUGAUAUACUGUCGAAGCUGCAGCAGCAGGUGGCGUUGCAGAGUGAGCAGCUGGCAAUGAAAGAUGGGAAACUAUCUGAGCUGCAGAAGGAUUUCAAAGCCUCUCAAACCAACUUGGCCACGCUUCAGUCAGACAUUUACGGGAAAGAGUCUGAACUCUCUUCAACCAGACACGACUUGAAGGCUAAAGAGGAGAAGUUGUUCCUGGCUGAGGAGGAACUGGUCACCAGCAGGAAUCAAGUAAGCAGCAGUCACCAGAUGGUCCAAGAACUGAAAAAGGCCAAAGAUUUGCUGGAGACAGACCUGGCUAACAGAGAAACCAUAGUAAAAGACCAGGAGAAAGCUCUGCUGCAGAAAGAGAAAGAAAAGACUUUGAAAGAAGAGGAAUUAGCAAAAGAAAAACUCAAAAAUGAAGAGCUACAGGGGGCCAAGAUGACUCUGCAAAAAGAACUGAGUAAACUAACCAAGGACACGCGAGUCUGCAAUCAGAAAUAUGAUCAGGAGUUGACGGGGCUGAAAGAGGCCAAGCAGUUGCUCAUUCAGCAGAAGCUGCAGCUUCAGGCUAAUGUGGACAGCAUGAAGUCAAAGAUUGAACAGGAGAAGAACGAGCACCAGCUCACCAAGACCAAACUCAGUGAGGAACAAGCAGAGAUGAAGAAAAACUGCGCCGAUUUGGAAGCCAAACUGCAGGGUGAGCUGAAGGAUAAAGAAGCACAAAGUAAGCAGCAUGAAGAGGCUGUGAUCAAGCUGAACAUGCAGAUUACUGCACUGAAUGAAAACAUGGCCACGCUGAAGAAGGAGUGGCAGGGCAGUCAGCGGCGGGUCGGUGAGCUGGAGAAGCAGACUGAUGACCUCCACGGAGAGAUUGCAGUGUUAGAAGCCACUGUGCAACAUAACCAGGAGGAGAGGAGAGCUCUCCUGGAAAGGUGCCUCAAGAGUGAAAGUGAAAUGGAAAAGUUGCAGGCGAAGGUGGUAGACCUGAGACGAAAGCUGGAUGAUACUGUGGCUGCUAUGCAGGAGUUAGGACGAGAGAACCAAGCUCUGCAGAUUAAGCACACACAAGCACUAAACAGGAAGUGGACUGAAGAUACCGACGUGAUGAAUUGUAUGGCCUGUGGAAAGGGAUUCUCAGUCACUGUACGGAGGCAUCACUGUAGAAAUUGUGGAAACAUCUUCUGUGCCGACUGUUCUGCGAGGAAUGCCUUAACCCCAUCCUCAAAGAAGCCUGUGCGAGUGUGUGACACGUGUUUUGAAGAGUUACAGGGAUGAGCUGCCCCAGCACUUUUCCUGCAGCUGGAAACGUAUCACUAUUCUUGUAUUCAUGCACUCAUAUUGUAUUUUCUAAGACUGUAUGUUGAAGGUGUAAUACCUGUUGGCCACUGUAAUUAGUUGCUGUCAGUAAGAACCUAUCAAUGUGUGUUCUGCAGCUCAUUCCCAAUCUUUGCAUCAGCUGGGGCUCCCUAAUUCAGCCCCAGACUAGAGAAAGGCACGUUUCAGCACUUGAUGGGUUUGGGCAACAGCCGUCUAAGAGGACCCUUUUGUCAGUUAAUUAUCCUGUCUAGUUUUACCCUGAAUUCAGUAGGAAUGGACACCAGGCUGUCAGUCCCCACCAGAAGGUUAAGAAGCUCCUUUCUGCCAAAUCCAACACACUCUUCAUUCACUGGACUGAAGAGACUACCAGGUUUAACCAAAACGAGCUGGGAGCCUUCAUUCACUGACUUAUAUCUGAGACACAACCAUCCCUCACUGAGAUGGACAAAUUCUUUAGUAAAGCAUUUUGAAUCUGUGCUCAGUGAACCCCCAUCAAAUUCAUUUGAAAGUUGAGCAAUGCUGAGAAAUCUCCACCAGCUUCACUACCCGAAAAGAAGUGAGACAUUAAUUGAUAAUAUCCAUUCAUCUCUCAUUAUGUGGAAGCUGGUUGUUUGCUUUUUUUGAAAGUGUUCAUGUCGGUUGUUUUUCGUUCUCUUUUCAUCAUCUGCUUUCUCCCUCUGUUAUUCUGUCAGCAGUUUGGCAAUGUUGACGAUUAGAGUGAUGGCUGGAUUUGUACAGCAUGUUGACCAAAACUAAUCCAUCCCUGGAAACUAUACUGAAUGACUGAAGCCAUCUUUCACAGCUCCGUCUCAUUGUAGCCGGCUGACUGGAGCUGCCCUUGGGGUCUCUCCCCUGUCCCCAGUCUCUGUUUCCACUCAACCCUGUCCUGCCUUGUCCCGAGUCUCUGCUCCCUCACUAUCGCUGUGCCCUUUGUGGUGCUGGUGACACUUGGAAACCAGUGUUAUGUUCCCUCUGGUACGCCCAUCAACCUCUUACCUUACAGUGUGAAACACAGAGAGCCUACUGCUUUCCCUUGAGCUUCUGCCUUCUCCUUACUGUCAGUUUACUGAGAGCUGGACAGGAGGGAAUGCUGUCUGUACAGGUUAACUGGUCUGCAUUCACUGAUUAAUCCAAUUGUUUCUUUUUAUUAAGUCACUUAUCCACCCCCCAGGUGGGGGCUGUUUCCCUUGGACCUGAUCCAUAUACGUGGCCAAAAUUAAACCUGUACUGAAUUCACAGGACCCUUCCACAGGGAUAAUGCAGGUGACAGUGUUAUGUCUGAAUUGUUUGUACACAGUUGCAGUACUGCACACUACUUCACUUUGCUGCUUCCUUCAUUAUGAAACACUUCUGCUAACAGUCGGCUUUGAGCUUGAAAGAUUUUUUUGUUUUUGUCAACCACUUGAUGAAAAGCUAGGAAUUGAUGUUCUCAGUUCUGAUGGUGUCUGCAUCUACACGAAACAUCAGUAAUGGAAACUAGCUGCUUUCAUGCUUUUUCUUUAAAUAAACUGAUGUGUAUAAUAGAGAAUUGUGUACAAAAAUUGUAUUAACUUCCAUAUUAUCAUGUGAACCUGUGUAUAAAUAGUCAACAGUUUAAUUCUGGCCAUUGAAUGAAGAUUGUAACCUGUUUAUAGCAAAAAAAAAUUGUUAAUUUGAUGAAUGAUGCAAC